AUGCAUUAUCGCUGCCUGUUACUGCCCCUGCUCGUCGUUCUGUCAGGCUGCACUACCACACCCCGGACGCCUGAUACACCGGCAGCAUCCUUUGUCAGCACGCUCAUCACGGAGCACGCAGAAAAAAUCCGCGCACUGCAGAAAGACUCGCUUUCACAACCAACACCGUCACCACGCCCCGCAUCAUCAUCAGCCCACACAGCACAACAGCACCUUCCCGGUGUGACCCUUGUCGGGAAACGCCCACCCCUGCUGCCCCUGACACAACAGCGUGGCCGGCAGGUUCCCCUGACAACGGCGCUGAAGCGUAUUCUGCCGCCGGGCUGGCAGCCACAUCUGAUGCCCGGAGUGGCUUCCCGCCUGCCGGUAUCAUGGACAGGUAACGACCAGUGGCCAUAUGUACUGCAGAAAAUCGCCCGUGAGCAUCAGCUGAAGAUGACGAUCGACUUCGAUCGCCAUACGGUCACGGUUUCACCUGCCGGCCGGUGCCUGGGUGCUGGCGCGACACCUGCAGAAAUGUGGUCCGACAUGGGACUGCAUUGGCUCCUACAACGCCGGCUUUGCUUCCGGCAAUGCCGGGCUGCGUCAGCGUUAUGCCCGGGAUAUCCGCGCCAUCUGGCUGUACCUUCACCGCCAGGAAAAAACCGGUUAACACUCUGUCAUCUCCGAGGUUUCCCCAUGAAAUUACGUCAUCCAUUCUGGCUGGCAGCGCCACUGUUGCUGCUUGCCGGCUGUCAUUCCACCGGAAAAGCCCCGGUCACCAGCCCCCGCCCGGUGACCGCCAUCAGCAUUCCCCUGAAUAACCUGACGCCUGAAGGCUGGCAGUUCCCCGGACGUAUCACCGCCAACUCACAGCGCCUGUCAGUGGACUGGGAUGGUUCAGAUCAACUGGCGGGCGUCGCUGGUCCAGACAGCCACGUCUCUGGAAGUCACCUUUCUGCCGCCCCUGAAAGGAGUCUCAUCAUGAAAUAUGCACCGUGGUGUCUGAUGGCCUUCUUAUUCAUGACCGGCAUCGCCUGUGCUGAAGAGGAAGCCCCGCCGGACAUUCAGCGUUAUAUCGAUGCCGCCAAAAAAUUGCCUGACGGGGUGAAUGAAACCGUCUGGCAGAUGCUGACAGAGGCUGGCAGAACCGAAGGCUUCCGGGGCGGAAAAGCGCAGCGUGCCUGGGAACUGCGUCAGGCACUGACCGCCCGGGGAACAGAGCUUGAUCAGUUGUAUCAGUUUGCCCCCCUCAUCAGCCGUCAGGGAUGGCUGCCGCCGGUCAUUGCCAGCGCCGGUUCUCUGGCCACCAUUACCGACAAACAGAUGCGCACGGCACAGCAGACUUACAGACUCCUGCGUCCUGAACGUUUUGUCAGUAAUCCUCCCGGCUGGCGACAGUAUCUGUUUGCCGGACUGACCACCACCGCCCGUCCUGACGACAGCGUGAUUCCCCGUAACAGUGCUGAACGGGAAAUCUGGACGAAAGCCGUGCAGCAGGGAUGGGAGGAAGGGCGCAAAAGCGCGGAUGAAACGCUGACCGCAAACUUUAACCGGCUGACCCGUGAUUACACCGGGAUGAUGCGAUACACGCAGCUGGCCCGGCAGAACAUGAUCACGCCCCCUGUCGUUACCGAACAGCAUCAGAGCGUCACCGGCACCCGCAGCCAGUUAAUGCUGGGCGAUCGCGUUCGCGACCUGAAACAACCCGCCGGCUUUGAACUGGAUAAAAAACGCUGGGUUCCACAAAUCACAGUCGGAGAUCCUGACAUUAAGGCACUGAUACAGCGGGGAACGGGGGCCGACCGUUCCCUGCAACUGGAAGGCAACAGUGACGGACGUUUUGGCCUGCAGCGAGGAGAACGACUGCGUUUCCGGGCCAAUUUUACCCAGGCCACCAUCAGGGGACUCAGUACGGCUGCGGCAGUCACCCUACGUAUCAUCAAUAACCAUAUUCCCGACCUGUCUGAUAUGGGGCUGCCGGAAGAUUUAUUCCGGGCACUGGCCGCCCUUCCCCAUGAAGGCAUCGGCCUGAUUUGCGGGCCGACCGGCUCCGGCAAAUCCACCCUGUUGACGGCCACCUAUCAGCACCACGGCAGAACAUCACCUCACUGUAAAAUCGUCACCUAUGAAGAUCCCGUGGAGGCGCUGCUGGGUGGUAACGACUGGGUACUGCAGCCCCAGCAGUGCGAAGUGGGUAAGGACGUUCCAUCCUUUGCCGCCGGCCUGCGCCUCUCAAUGCGUCAGGCCCCCACCAUUAUCGGCAUUGGCGAAAUCAGGGACGGCGAAACCGUUGAAGGCAUGGUGAACUGCGCCCUCUCCGGUCACCUCUGUCUGGGAACCGAACAUGCCUUUUCUCCCGGACACGCCUUCUCCCGCAGCGUGCGAAUGCUGCCGUCAGACAACCGUGAGCCGCUGGCCUGGGACAUGCUUGAACUGUUGCAGUUCAUUAUCGUCCAGCGCCUGAUCCCCACCACGGACGGACGCCGGCAGGCGGUACGGGAAUACAUUCUGUUUGAUGAAUCUGUCCGCAGUCAGUUACGUCAGCAUGCCCGGAACCAGUGGCCGUCCGUACUUAACGACAUGCUGACCCGGAACGGCACCCGCAUCGCGGAUGCCGCAUGGUCACUAACCUAUCUGGCAAUCCCUCACGACCAGCAUCAGGACGUUAAAAAACUGGCCGGAAAACUUGAAGACGGUCGUCAGGCCGUGCUUUUCGAUCGUGAAAAAAAAUGCUGGUAUGCCCGGGCAGGCGCAGACCUGGAAAAACUGAAACCCUGGCUGCCGGAUAAACACCAUUCCGGUGUUUCAUCCGUUGAUGCCAGAACGCAGUUCGAGGAUUUUCUCCGGGCAAACGGUGCCAUUCUGGAUGCCAAAAACCCCGUAGAAAUGGAUGGUAAAAAGCACCGGAUCCGUCUGCAGGGAGAUACCGGUGGCAAAAAAUCUGGUUCAUACGUUGGCCACCUCGACGGCCAUCCCAAUGGCUGGUUUAACGAUUUCCGGGACGGCGGCAGUGAAAUUAAUGCCACCUGGUCUUACAGCGGUGAAAAACCGGAUCCGGUGGCCGCCCUGCACAUCAAAGCCGUCAAUGCCCAGGAGGCCUGGAACCGGGCAGAACAGACCCGCCUCCUGCAUGACCAGAAAGCCCGGACAUCGGCACAGCGAUAUAAGCGCACGGCACAGGCCGGGCAUGAUCACCCUUACCUGCAGAAAAAGGGCGUUCAGGCCGCGCGGGGCGUGCAUAUUGACAACCGUCAGGGGCUGGUUAUUCCGCUGUACAACACGGACGGGCAGAUCCGUUCAAUUCAGACGAUUGACCCGGAAGGUAACAAGCGGCUGGCAAAAGAUGCGGAAAAAGCCGGUAACUUCUUUGUCGUCGGCGGUUCGCUGAAGGAUAACCACCCCAUUGUGCUGGCCGAAGGUUACGCCACGGCGGCCAGCUGCGCGAUGGCACUGCGUCACCCUGUUGUGAUGACAGUUGACUCCGGGAAUCUGGUAAAAGUCGCGGAAAAUCUUCACGCCCGUUACCCCGGCAGCCCGAUGUUAUUUCUGGGCGAUGAUGAUCUCCCCAAACCCGGGCGUCCCGGGAAUCCGGGGAAAGAAGCCGCCGAAAAAGCCGCACGCCUCACCAGAGGAACCGCAUUUGUCCCACAGUUCACCCGUGAAGAGCGGGAGCAGGGGCUGACCGAUUUCAACGAUCUGCAUCAGGCCAGAGGACUGGCAGCCCUGACAGAACAGCUGACGCCCGUCUGGCAGCAGGUGCUUGCCCGGUGUCCGGCGAAGGAGAACAUCGUGAAGGAGACACCGGAUAAUCAGGCAACACCGGUCGCAACGAAUGCUGCCGACAUGCCGGAAAUGAAGGUGGCAGAUAAUACCGCUGCGGAACCUGCCCCUGCGGCUGAAACCGCCGCAACGGACGUCGCUGACACCCCGGCCCCUGCCGGUGAGCCGGAGACGAACGCGGCAGAUAACACCGCUGCGGAGCCUGCCCCUGCGGCUGAAACCGCCACAACGGACGUCGCUGACAGCCCGGCCCCUGCCGGUGAACCGGAGAUGAAUGCAGCAAAAGCGCCGGCUGACACUGACGAUAUCAAUGCCAGACUGGCUGCAGCUAUGGAAUAUGAGGACGACGAGGCUUACGGUUACUAUGACAUACCGUCCUCCCCGGCCCCCCGGACUUCAGAAGCGAAAACACAGGCCCCCGUACAGGAAGACGCGCCCCUGCCGUUUCAGCCGCCAAAGAAAAAACAGGCGUCUCCUGACACCACGGAGCCGGACGGGAUCCGGAUAGAAAAACCCCCGGUGGAAAAUGCCAUCCCUUCUCCGCUUCAUGAUCUGAACGCCAUCAUGAAAGGCCUCAGUCACCCGUAUAAAGGGAUGGACCCGAAAGACAUCAAAUAUCCGCUGGAAAUGUUUCUGGACGGAAAGCAUGUCUUUACGGACUUUGUCACACACCUGACGAUGGCCAGCCAGGAAGCCAGCCGGGAUGAUCGUGCUGUGCUGGCCGCCUUACUGACGGCACAGAGCCACUGCCAGCUUAAAGGUGAAAUUGAACUGACCGGCAGCGACGAAUUCAAACAACGCGCCAUCACGCUCAUUGCCACCUACGACCUGAAACUGAAGCUGAAAAACCCGGAACAGGUUGAAAUGCUGAAUCAGGCGCGGGCCAGACUGCAGUCUGAGCCGGUACCGGGAGCCGAAGCAGAGCCCCUGUCGCCCGAUGCGAAUCAUAUUCUGUGGCAGGAGCGUUCCGCAAACGCCGCGUUCGCCCCGCAACAAUCGGCACUACCACUGGAUAUCCUGCCUACCCGGAUGGAAACAGCACUGCCCCGAAACGCCAGUCACAAGGAGGCAUCCAGUGGCAUUACCGGUCAGUUACUGGCAUUCGGACCGGCGCACUAUAACUUCGAAAAGCAAAAAGACCGGAGUUAUUACGCACACCUGAGAACCCGACAUGGUGAGCGUCUUGUAUGGGGGAUUGGACUCCAGGAGGCCAUACGGAACAGUGGGCUGAAAACCGGCGACAUGGCCACACUGACCAUGCUGGGGAAAAAACCAGUGACCGUUCAGGUGAAAAAGCUGGGCGAUGACGGUAAGCCUCUUCAGAACGAGCAUGGCGGCUGGAUCUACGAAGAGAAGGAGGUCACCCGCAACCAGUGGGAAGCCCGCCCUGCUGUGGAUCCCUAUGUGGAUGCCCGCCAUACCGGGCAACUGGCCCAACCAGGUGAGCUGCGCCCCUAUCAUCUGGGCGAUUACCGGGCACUGCAGGCGGCAGUGGAUGACAUGGCCCGUAAAGCCGGCACCACGCCCCCGACGCUUCCUGCACUACCGGAAGUCCUGUGGGUACAACACAACGGACAGGGUGUGACGACACCCCGACAGACACCGGCGUCACCGGAACUGCCAUCCCCUCACCCGGAAGCCGGAAAACUGUUGAUGCAGCUUCAGGAUGAAGCCACACAACAGCUUAAGCUUCUUCUGGUGAAAGCCCGGGGGGAUUUUGUUCAGGGGCUGGUUCUGCAUGAAGGCCGGCACAAACCUGUUCUUGGGCGUUUUGUCGGUCAGAACGGCGAGCGCCACCUGAUACUGAAUGAGGUGACACCACAGGGACUCCGCCCCAUCGGGAAAGGAAAUGCCAUCAACAACGAAACCGGCAAUUAUAACAGUUUCGUCUUCACGCUGAAGGGCGAGCGGGAACGCAUUCUGACGCAGGUCACCGCCCCGGAAAAGCGUCCGGCGGCACUGCAACAGGAACUCGGCUUCAGUCGCCCGCCGGUGCCGCCUGAACAGGUGACUGAAAUGCGCAAUAAGCCACAGAACGCUCCCCGCAGAAAUCACAACGCACCACGCCCCGGCGUAUAA